ACACGACAUCUCAUUUGAAAGAUUCUGAGAGUCAUAUUUGUGUCAUUUUACUACAGAUCUUUGGAAGUUUAUUUGUUAAAAAACACAAACAUUAAGCACAUAGACAGUGUAGGCCCACAACAGCAGAAAGCCCAAACUAUCCCCAACCCCCCCUCCGAUCCUCCGUUUAUGCUAACGGUUGGAAUUGGAAAGCGCAAUGAGACUACUGAUUUCAACUCUGAACCACUACUGCACGACCCGCCGCUCCCCCUUCUUCUCCCCUUCACAGAACCCUCGUCGCCUUUCACCUCUCCCACAACUUCCGGCCUUGAGAGUAAGUUUGAAGCAUCACAAACCCUCGUCGGCGCGCUGCGGAACCACCAUGGCGUGCUCUGAGGCGUCUCCUCCGCGGGUUCAAGUGAAAGACCAAAUCGAUUUGACGGACAAGGAGAAGCAGAUUUUCGACCGUCUUCUUCAAGUUGUGCGCCACUUUGGUCUCCAGACACAGCUCCGCGUCGCCGGUGGUUGGGUUCGAGAUAAGCUUCUUGGUAAAGAAUGCUAUGAUAUAGACAUUGCACUUGACAACAAGCUGGGAACAGAGUUCUGUGAGAAGGUCAAUGAGUAUUUAUCAUCAAUCGGAGAAGAGACCCAAGGAAUAGGAGUCAUUGAGCGCAAUCCUGAUCAGUCAAAACACUUGGAAACAGCAAGGAUGCGCCUUUGUGACAUAUGGAUUGAUUUUGUUAACUUGCGAGCAGAAGAUUACUGUGAAAAUAGUCGUAUUCCAACAAUGAAAUUUGGCACUGCAAAGGAGGAUGCUUAUCGCAGAGACUUGACCAUUAACAGCUUGUUCUACAAUAUUAACUUGAGUUCGAUUGAAGAUUUUACUGGAAAAGGCAUUAUGGAUCUGAAGUGCGGCAGGAUUGUGACCCCGCUGCCUCCAAAACAGACCUUUUUGGACGAUCCAUUAAGAGUUCUUCGAGCUAUUCGUUUUGGUGCAAGAUUUGAUUUCAUGUUAGAUGAAGAGCUUAAGAAAGCUGCUUCAGAUGAUGAUGUCAAGGCUGCUAUUGCAGAUAAGAUUAGCAGAGAACGCAUUGGCCAUGAAAUCAAUCUCAUGAUAUCUGGCAAUCAACCUUUGAAAGCUAUUACAUAUGUUGCUGACCUCCACUUAUUUUGGACUGUCUUUAGUCUUCCUCUUGAAUUUGAGCCUCCAAUUCCUGAGAAUUGUGACAAGAUGUGUGUUGCUUACAUGGAUCAAGCAUGCAGAAUUCUGCACUUAACUAGAUGCUUAUUGACUGAUGACCAAAGGCGGCUGUGCUUGUAUGCUGCUUUGUUUCUUCCAUUUAGAGACACUAUAUACAGAGGCAAUAAAGCUAAAAAGAUUCCAGUUGUGAGUUAUAUCCUCAAAAAUUCUCUUAAGCUGAAAUCCAGUGAUUCAGAAACAGUCAUAAGCCUGCAUAUCGCGGCAAAAAAAUUUGCAUCAUUGAUUCCAUAUAUUAAAUCUGAAGACACAGAAAUUAUUGAAGUGGAUUGGAAAAAAGAAACUAUUGAUGUUCCAGUUGCUUUGAAACGUAGAAUACUUACAGGACUGGUGCUCCGUGAUAUUAAAGACUUUUGGCGUGUUUCCCUUGCGCUCUCCGUGCUAUUAUACCCUACAAAUAUGGAUUUAGAUGAAGUUUGCGAGUUGGAGAAGAGAAGUGAAUUAUUUAAGACGGUUGAGAAAGCCAUCCUCAAUCUAGGCCUAGAAAAGGUGUGGGAACUUAAGCCACUGGUGAAUGGGAAGGAAAUCAUGAAUGUUUUGGAGAUUAAUACGGGAGGACGAAUUGUAAAUGAAUGGCAACAAAAGUUACUCGAAUGGCAGCUUUCACACCCUUGCGGGACAGCGGAAGAAUGCAUUGAUUGGAUGAGAGAGGCUAAAUCAAAACGUAUCAGAAUGGAGUAAUGGAAAGAUCCAAUUGCCUUUCUCUAUGACUUCUUUUUACUGACAAUAGUUUUGCAAGGACUGCAGGUUUUAAGGCCAUAAUAGCCAUCAAUGCCACUUCAGAAAAUUACUUCUGCACGUACACUGUAGAGCAAUUCAGAAGGCAAGUCAUCCUAGUUUAAUGAAACCCCUAGUUCAGUUUUGGUAGCUAAUUUUUUUUCCCAAUGCAUUCAAUAUGUAAAUUGUUGAUUAUAAUGGUAGGACUUGAAAAACUUCUCCUAUGGAGUACCCAAAUUUCUUGUCAAAUUUCCUUAAUUUUCUCUAUUUUUUUCUUAUGUACUCCGUAUUUGAUAAGAUAAUCUUAUUAUGCUAAAUCUUGUUAAUGAAACUCUUACAUUUUU